AUGGACAGCCCGGCACCUAAGCCCGAUGGAGUGGGACUUAUGAACACCCCCGAUCAUUACAUGUACGAAAGACGCUCGGUUAUUGCCACCGCAAAAAUUUGUAUGAUCACGCAUGUCUGGAACAACCAUGUUUGGGCUCGCCGGACCAUGGACAACAUGGCGAACACAGGUGGAACAGCACUCGCCAAUCUGGGACAACCCUUGCUGGACUCAUUAGAUCCUGGUUCGGAGAGUUCUACUCCUCAACUUACACCAAAAGGAUCAUCGGGUGUCCGCCAUACACGGCGAGCCAAGCCCUUGGAAAGUUGUGCAGUCAGCUACCAGCAUAGGAGCUUUGACGUACAAGACCAGAUUGGGCACCCUCGCAUGGGCACCCUCCACGCCUUGCUGACAACUACCAUAUUUUGUAUUACACCAGAAGUUCUGGGGCUUUCAGAUCUUCAGAUUUGGAGGGCCAAAUGCCACGGACAUCCGAUGAUCCUUGUUGUUCCAGCAACGGUGUCCCAGAUUGUGUUGGCCUACUUGUCCAUGGCCCGACGAGCCCAAACGUGGUUGUUCGACAUGUGUGAUCAUGCAAAUUUUGCGGUGGCAAUAACCGAGCGCCUUUCGUACGGGGCCACCUUGUACCACUUUGCACUAGCUAGGAGGGCAGAUAAAAUAGAUAAACGUAGGCAGGACGUGAACACAGUUCGUCGGCACCCUCCCCAGUCAUCCCGCCCAAUCCACGAGGCCGUGAUGCCCCACAGGGCCCGCUCGAACGCUCGACCCCCUCCUCCGCCCCUCCCACCUGGUGGCGGGAUUGCUCCUUCGGGAAAUUCCCACGGCAUCGCCACCUGCAAAUUCAUUAGCAUCGAAACGAGUCCCGAGGAAUGGGCGAGGAAACUGGACUCAGAACUGUUGGCGCCACAGUCACGUCGUCGACGUUGGGAGACGGGUAGCGUCGGGAAGGACUGUCGGGACGCGUACCGACGAGCGAUAGCUGAAGUGGAGACAGAAGCAGACAUGGGUGCAGAAGUGGAAGGCGGAGGAACAGAAUUAAUGACGGCGGAUAAUCCCGUCCCUGCUGCCCCAGAGGAUAGUGGAGAACCCGUCAUUCAAUCACCUCGGCCUGAACCCAUGAAUGUAUCGUACUUCAUGUAUCUGCUACAUAUUUUUUUCCCGGGAGCUUUGGUGAGGAUGGCGAACCUCGCAUUGCAAGAGUCUAUUGGUCCCAUGCAUGUUUUGUGUCUGUGCCCGGAUCCGUGGCAGUAA